UAAUACCACUUUCAAUUUGAAGUCUUACUCUUCUUUCCAGAGCUCGAGGAAGGAGGAGGAGAGAUACGGGGGCAAUGGAUUCUUUGAUAUCGGAAGCUCUUGUCGUCCAUCAACUCUGCCCUGUAGCUCCAGUCCUUCGUCCGGCGACAAGCCUCGCCUUCUUCGUGCGCUCAGCCGUGCCGCUUUCUGUACCCCUGCUUCGUCGGCGGUUCAUGGGCAUUACUCCGGCGAAUCGCGGAAGGAUAUAUGCCUCGGCGAGAAACGGAGCUUUGGUAUCGAAUUCAGUGCAGUCAAACAAUAAUGUCUAUACUGUUGGUGAUUUUAUGACAAAAAAGGAAGAUCUGGUUGUUGUCAAGCCUUCUACUUCAGUUGAUGAAGCACUCGAAAAACUAGUGGAGUGUAGGAUCACUGGCUUCCCUGUGAUUGAUGAUGACUGGACAUUGGUUGGAGUCGUUUCUGAUUAUGAUUUAUUGGCAUUGGAUUCCAUUUCAGGACCUGGACGAACUGAUACAAGCAUGUUCCCUGAGGUAAAUAGCACAUGGAAGACAUUCAAUGAAAUUCAGAAAUUGUUGAGCAAAACAAAUGGCAAGAUCGUUAGUGAGGUCAUGACAUCCGCACCUCUUGUUGUUCGCGAGACGACUAAUCUUGAAGAUGCUGCAAGAUUAUUGCUUGACACCAAGUUUCGCCGGCUUCCAGUUGUUGAUGGUACCGGCAAAUUGAUUGGAAUGAUCACAAGGGGAAAUGUUGUUAGAGCUGCGCUAGUGAUAAAGCAUGCAAAUGAAAAGAAUACUUAAGAGACGGAAUUUGUUUCAUCUCAUCAAUUAUUCAAUUUCCAUCAAUCUCUGUAUUCAAAUUCUUCACCAUUCCUCGUCUUGAUAAGGAGCAUAAUAGCUCAUUUGUACGAGGUCUUUGGGUUACUGUUACGGUAAUUAUUUUUAAGAACCCCAUAGAAAAGAUUAAAUAAAUGUUUAAGAGUUUAGAUUAUAUAUAUAUUUAUACACAGUAAAGCUUGUCCAAUUGCCCUUUGGCUAAUCCAUUCAUUUUUGGAAUUCUUUAA